AUGGAAGCUUCGAUGUUCGUACUCGCCGUUCUACUCUUGGAGCUAGUUGAAGUUGUUUUGAUGAUGACAGAUAUCACCAGUGGACAAAUAGUAGAAGGAUUUAGUAACGAAGCUUUGGCUUUACUAACCAUCGUCAUUGGAAGCUUUGUAGCAUGUGCAAUUAGUUAUUUCAUAAAAAAUAACAGAGCUGUUCGUAUCCAUCCUGAUCUAGUCGGAGAUGUACAAGGUUUUCGAGAAUCAUUCGUUAGAGGGCAAAGUGGUCGCGUCAACGAGGCAAGGCGGGCAGCAAUAGAACGUGAAGUUGGCGAUCAAACGUGCCCAAUCUGUUACGGAAACGCUCAAUAUCCUAUACUCACCAAUUGUGGACAUGUGUUUUGCUGUGAAUGUAUAAUGGGCUACUGGAGGCACUCUGCAUCGCUCAUCUCUCCCGUAAAGUGUGCUAUAUGUCGGACAGAGGUCACGGUUCUUCUUCCGUUACGCUGGCCUCAUGAUGAAGAAAAUAAUGAGCUUAGAGAAAACAAUAUUGGCCUCAAUGACUACAACAGAAGAUUUUCCGGAGAUAGACCUUGGCUGGAAUACUUUUACGAUCUACCUGUACUGAUUCCGUAUGUAAUACGCAACUUAUUUGACUUUAACGGUCUCAUGCUUAUGUUCAGAUUACGUAUAUUUUUCAUCGCCAUCGGGAUACUUGCCUAUAUACUGUCUCCUUUCGAUAUUAUUCCUGAAUCUGCAUAUGGAUUCAUGGGUCUGAUGGAUGAUAUAUUUGUUACCGUUCUGCUCCUUGUUUAUAUCGCAAUAGCUGUUCGUCAUUUCAUGGCGCGUAGAGGAGAAGCGCCGCCGGAAUGAGACUUACAGUGAUGACCGUCUUAUCUUUCUUUCAAUGCUAUGUGCACUUUUGAUUUACAACGUGUUUACAUAAUUCGGUGAUGAUACGUGUAAUCACAGUUCUGCAGCAGUACCGUAGGAUCAACUAGGCUUGCAUGAAACUCUUUUUUGUACUCUGCUUGUAUAUAUCUUGACAUAAAUCUAUAUAAGUAUUUGAAUCAGCGAAGUAGUACUAAAU